GCUGUGUGCGCGUGUGUGUGUGUGUGCGAGACAUAGAGAGAAGGGAAAGAGAGAGAGAGAGCGCGCGUCAGAGGAGGAGAGGAAAGUUAUCCACGUCUGCGGCUCACACCUGAUACUGCUCGACCUGUCAGCACUGAUACCCACUACGCACUUCAGCGGCACCUGGCAACAUGUGGAUACUUUUUCACCCCUUUUUCACUCUCUCCCCCAACGGCAUGCUACCUCUGCCGGUGGCUUCUGCAAACUCUCUGUCUUGUACACUGUUGACUAAAAGCUUCGUCUUUUAAGACUAUAAUCCAAGUGAUUGGUUUGGAUUUUGCCUCUCCAAAGGAUGGAUUUCACAUCUAUCCACACCGAGGACCCAGUCCAGUGGGAUUUUAUAACUGGAGUCUCUCCACAACAGCUGUCAGUCUGCCACAUGUGUUGUUAGCCUCUUUUCAGCACAGACAUUUAUGUGAAGACGAUGAAUAGCCAACCACUGCAAACACUAAACGAGAUGUCCCUCCUUGGUCAUGCAGAGGGUCACCGCUUUGGGAAUGCUUUGUCUGAGACCAUUACUGAGAAAGAAGACAGCAUAAAACACCUUCUUCGAAUGAGAGUCCGAUAGACACUGCUGUUUCUGCAGCAAACAUGGAGGUGGGCAACAUCGAUAACUCCUCAGUCCAUGACAACUCAUCAGACAUCCACCCAGUCACGCACAGCUUGUGGGAGGUCAUCACCAUAGCGACGGUGUCGGCUAUCGUCAGCUUAAUAACCAUCGUGGGGAAUGUUCUGGUGAUGCUGUCCUUCAAGGUGAACAGCCAGCUGAAGACGGUGAACAAUUACUAUCUACUGAGCCUGGCUUUCGCCGACCUCAUCAUUGGCGUGUUUUCCAUGAAUUUGUACACUUCUUAUAUACUGAUGGGCUACUGGUCGUUGGGCAGUUUGGCUUGUGACCUGUGGCUAGCCCUGGACUAUGUGGCUAGUAACGCAUCAGUCAUGAACUUGCUUGUCAUCAGCUUCGAUAGGUACUUCUCCAUCACCAGGCCUCUGACGUACCGGGCCAAACGGACACCAAAGCGAGCCGGGAUCAUGAUUGGCCUGGCAUGGCUGGUGUCAAUUGUCCUCUGGGCACCACCCAUCCUGUGCUGGCAGUAUUUCGUGGGUGAGCGGACGGUACCUGAGCGUCAGUGCCAGAUCCAGUUCUUUUCAGAGCCGGUGAUCACUUUCGGCACGGCCAUUGCUGCGUUUUACAUCCCCGUCUCGAUCAUGACCAUCCUCUACUGCCGCAUCUACAAGGAGACAGAGCGGCGCACCAAGGACCUGGCUGAGUUGCAGGGCAUGAGCUCGGCUAUGGACUCGAGCGGCAGCAGCGGCAAGUCCCAGAAGACCAUCAUCAGGUCCUGCUUCAAGUGCAAGCAGAUGAACAAUGGCGGCGUGCGGGACCGGACCCAGGCUUCCUGGUCCUCUUCAAGCCGCAGCAAUGUCACCAAGUCGGCGGCCACGUCCAACGACGAGUGGUCCAAGACCGACCAGCUGACAACAUUCAACAGCUAUGCAUCGUCCGAGGACGAGGAACGUCCCAUAUCUCCUGGAGGCAUCUUCCAGCCAUCUUACCGGAACGAGGCUUGCCAGGACAACAGGUGCUCCAUGGCCACAACAACAGUGCCACCAACUGAUGGUGAGCAGCUCAGCAGCUAUGAUGAGGACAGCUUCUUCCCUUCGCCGCUCAAGAGCAGCUCACAGAAGAGUAAGAAGUGCGUCUCCUACAAGUUCAAACCCGUCGCCAAGGAGACCAGCCUGGGUGAUGGAGGAAGUGGCAGCGCCGACGGUAAUGACAGCCCCCGGCAAGACCACCAACAGCAGCCGCAGCAACCGAGCAAAAACGGAGGCACCAAGGGCGGCCCGGCCACAUCCUCUUUCUCUUCGGCGGAAUCCAUGAGCGCCCCGUCCACCACGUCCUCUUCGAAGCCGGCCGACGGGACGCUAAAGAGCCAAAUGACCAAGAGGAAGCGAAUGGUGCUGAUCAAGGAGCGCAAGGCGGCACAGACGCUGAGUGCCAUCCUGCUGGCCUUCAUCCUCACAUGGACACCGUACAACAUCAUGGUGCUCAUCUCCACCUUCUGCUCCGACUGCAUCCCGCUCUCGCUCUGGCACCUGGGCUACUGGCUGUGCUACGUCAACAGCACCGUCAACCCCAUGUGCUACGCGCUGUGCAACAAGACCUUCCAAAAGACCUUCCGCAUGCUCCUGUUGUGCCAGUGGAAGAGGAAGCGUGUUGAGGAGAAGCUCUACUGGUAUGGCCAGAACCCCGUGGUUAGCACUAAACUCACGUGAACUCUCACACACUCACAAGCUCACACAAGCACCUGGAACAAGCAUUUUCUAUAUCAUAUCAGUAGGAAUGCACAGUACAGGACAAGUGCUGUUGAUUCUGGUGGGAACUGGAAGUCAGGGGUAUUGCUAGGAAUUUUGGACCCUAUAAAAGAAUAUAAUAUUGCCCCAAUAUCCUCCACCCUUCCAUCCAUCCCCAUUAAUAACAUUCAUCAUUAUCAUCUAUGAGGGCCCCUCUCAGUGCAGGCCUUUUGGAAUCAUCCUAACCCACAACUUCACCCCACCCCACCCAACCCUUUUCACAGUGACCCUACUAGAAAUGAUGACUUUAUUAUUGUUUAAAGGGUGUUUGGGAAACAACCACUGAUCCUUGAAAACAGCAACCGUUCUGUUCUGUGCACCACUUCCACUGCAGAAAGAAAUGUGAAACAGAAUGACAGUUGGUCACACAUACAAAAGACAAAGGAACUCUUCUGAACCUGCUCCAUUCGUGGUGGCUCUUAUACACCUGCAUUCCAGAGCAUACAGUACAUGGUAAUAAGCGUCACAUGUAGUUUUUGUCAGAGUUCACAACACCACACGCACAUCAUCACCAAGCUAACAUCCAAGGGCUACCUUUGCUAAUAUGCGUCUUAACUGUGAAGAUUGUACAUGCUCAACUCAAACGCCUUUUUUCCACCAGUGCCAUUUCUGAGACAGACACAAAGAGCGAGCUGAUUAGAGGGGUUGAAUAGGUUGAAGGGAAUCACUGAUCCUGUGUGUGUGAAUACAGUAGGAUGAGUAUUUAACAGUAUUAAUUGUAUAAUUUUGACAUGCUGAAACAGAAGUAGUAUUUCAUGUACUGUAAAAUCAAUGUGAAUUUCCUAAGUCUGAUUAUUCUGGUAAAUGUAAUGAAUUGUACGGAGCAGUCAAAUAUCGCUGAGACCUUGAUGGUUGCUUAAGCUUCAUUUAGCCUCUGCCAAAACAAAAAGAUGUAACAACAAAUGUCUGUGUUGUUUUAUUAGUUUAAUUUACAAAUGAAAAGUUCAUGUUCCAUUCCUGAUCAAAAUAGUUUGUUUUAUAUUUUGAUUGAAUCAUUGCCACAUCGGCCAUGUUAUGUGAAGCUGAAAAAAGUAUUAAAAUAUCAACUGUGUACAUUUAUGCCUAUAUAUUACUGCUGUUCCCCAAUUGUAAAAAAAUAGUACAUUCCAUGCAUUUGACUGUGGAUAUUAUUUGUUGCUGAUAUUGACAGUAUUAUGCCUAUGAACCAUUUCAUACUUGCACAAAAAGUGACUAGCAUAUCUGUAAAGGUUCACAUAAAUGUAAGUACAGUGCUGGUGCAUUGUUUCUUUUAUUCCAUUCAGGACAAAAUCUACUGAAUAUUUUCAUAGGUCUAGUAGAAUUAGUGGUUAUCGUCCUUCUUCAUUUAAUGUUCAAUGUAUUACUGUGCAUUUUAAUUCAUUCUUUUUUAUAAAACAUAAAUCUGUAUAUUGCAACUA